AUGCUUCUCUACCUGUGUACGCUCACCCGCAGCAGUGCAGAUCAGGGAAUCAAGCUGGAUUUCCUGCAGGUGAAGCAUCUGAAGAGGAAGAGGAAGAGCAACUACAGUGUGAGAGAAACACAGACACUCAUUAGGGAAAUCCACAAGAGGACGGACGUGUUGUUCUCCAGACAGCAGAACACAGCCAUUAAUGAGUUGAAGAGACAGGCAUGGGAGGAAGUGGCUCAAGGUGUUAAUUCACUAGGGGAGGGAGAGCUACGCACUGCUGCUGAGGUGAAGCGUCGAUACCUGGACUGGCGUUCACUGGUGAAGAGAAAACAACUUCGGGCUGAGCUCUCUCUCUCCUCCUCCUCCUGCUCGUCUGUGGCCCUGAAGACUGAGUAUGAUCAGUCCUCCCCUGAGCAUGAGGCAGCUUCUUUGGGAUCUGGGUGUGACCAGCUGCUUGACCUCUCCAGUCUCUCGAAGGAUUGUCACUGUGAUUGGCCGGAGCUGGCAUCUCUCGGUGAACCAAAUGGGCAUGCCAUGAUGGCACCGCUGGGUGUGAAGAUGGAGGACGAUGUCAGUGAAUAUAGACUGGAUGGUGAUGGUGAUAUGGGAGAUGGAGAAUUAGAUGAAGAUGAUAUUCCCUCCCUCCUCAGUGACAUUGAGUCACGUGCUGAGGGGCAUGUUGGUGAUGUUUACUCCCACAACGACUUGGACAUGCUCAGCUCCUCCAAGGCUCCGACCUCCACCACCAACAGAGGCUUUCCACUCGCUGGUGGUCUGAUGGGGACACCAGUCCAUGUUUUGGGUGGACUAACCAAUCAUGAAAACAUGGGGGCGGGUUUUCUGGUUGCCGUUGAGAAACAGCGUUUUGAGCUGGAAAAACAGCGCCUGGUAGUGGAAACUGAACGCCUGGCAGUGGAGAAAGAGCGGCUGGUGGUGGAGAAGGAGCGACUACGUCAGAUGGAGGUGGAGAGGGAAAGACUGCAGCUGGAGAGAGAGAGGUUACAGGUGGAAAGGGAAAGGCUGAGGCUUCUGCUCCUCAGCCAAUCAGAGCAGGUCGACUCCUCCUUUAACUUGCCGCCACAACAAGGCCCGCCUUCAUCCUCCACGUCUUCUUUAUCUUCCAUUCAUGAUGGACAGAGGGAGAGAGAUAAAGAAAGUAAAUGCUGGAUGCCAAUGAUGGAUCUGGAGUCAGAGAGGCUAAAACUAGAGAAGGAGAGACUGCACCUGGAGAAAGAGAGGCUGCAGUUUUUUAAAUUUGAGGCAAGCAGACUGCAGAUUGAGAGAGAACGCCUCCAAGUGGAAAAAGAGAGAAUGCAACUGCACAAAGAUCACCAGGCUCACUGA